AAAAAAUUCAAGAUGGCGGUUCCUAAAGCGAAAGGCUAUCGUCCUAGAUGCUUUUUUGAUGUAGAAAUUAACGGCUCGCAAGGUAACAGAAAUACUACUUGUUAAGUACAAGUAAAAUUAAGCCUUAAGUGUUGUUUUCUAGCUAUUUUUUGUAAGAGUGGUAGAUUUUGGCCGUAAGUACUGUCUUCAACGUAAACAUCCAUCACUUACCUGAUACUUUUGAUGAUCGCAGGAAGCUAUACCUGUUAAAUUAUUUUGACAUAUGAACAGACUCCUCUAAAGGUGACUCCGGGGGAUGGAGCGCAAACCUGCUUCUUACACCAUUUUUUCAGUAGCCUUCAACAUAUCACUCAAAAAUGUGGAAACCUUGCUGUUUUUUGGGAACUUUAGUUAGCCCAUUUGAUUAAUUUUUUGCUUAUUGGUCAAUGUCUAAGGUGGGAAAAAAAUCGCGGAGGUGUCUAUUAUUACACUCACGAGAGUCUAUCGAAACUUUGAUGAGGUGUUUUUAGCAGUUUCCUGCAAUGUGUAAAAUUACCUUUGAUUUAAGAAGGUACUAAAGAGUAUGAUUGGGAUUAAACAGCUGCAAACAAAGAAAACACUAGAAUUGUGUCUCCUAAGAAUUGAAAAAUUUAACUUGGAUUUCACAUGUCUAUCUUGAUGAAAAUUUGGCCAAUGUUUUCAUUGUCAGCCAAUGGUAUUUUCAAUGCAUUAUCUUAAAACUUUUGAAGAAAUUGUUAAGGCUUACAUGAAAAAUACUAUUAUCUUUAUGUAUUAGAUCUAUUAAAUGAAGUUUUUUUUCCUUACCAGUUGGCAGGGUUAUUUUUGAACUGUUUGCUGAUAUUUGCCCAAAAACUUGUGAUAAUUUUAGAGCAUUAUGUACAGGUGAGAGAAACACUCAGUUAUAGUAAGCUAAGUGAUGGCAAUAUAUUUGUUGUGACAUUCAUAGGAACUUGUUUCCAAUUAGUCUUCAUGAAGUCUUCAUGAAAACUGAUUUGAAGACUGUCUACUGUAGACCACAUUAAUAAAUCACCUAAUAACUCUCUUUUAUAUUUAUGCCAGUUAGCCUUCCUGGCCUUGGCCACACGUCUAAAACAAUUGCAUUUUCACUCAAAAGUGAGGCCAAGAAAGCUUAUUUGCAUGCAAAUGAAAGAAUAAUAAUGUUAUGAUAAUCAUGAACUUAAUCCUUUAACUCUCAUGAAUGACUAAGACAGAAUUUCUCCUUACUGUACCAACAUUCUGUCAGGCAAGUGAAGAGAAUAAAGAAAAAUAUCAAUUAGGGGAUUGUUCGUUGAUCCAAUAGUAAAUUCUCGAAACUCAUCACAAGAAUUGUACAUGGAAAACAGUAAGAAGAUGAGAUCUUGGGAGUGAAUGGGUUAAAGCACUGAGAAUUUAUCAUUAUUUGAAACAAAAUCCUUAAUCUGCAAGUUCACUGAGCUGUUAAAAUAAUUCAGGUGGAAUUGGUUUUAUAUUAAAUGAACAAACUUUUGGCAAUAUUAUUAUUUUUUUCUCUGCAAUCAUUAUCCAUGUGGCAGAUGAUAUAUUCAAAUCAUUAGGAAAAUUUGAUACUUGUUAAUUUUGAACAUAUCUGAGAGUCAACAGAAAUAAGCCACCUCAGUCUUGGGUCUUUUUCUGUUCCAUGCAUAAAGUAUUUACAAUGUAGCUAGACUUAGCAUUUCCCAUUGCCUGGUACAGUGUACCAAUUUAGCUUAAGUUACAUGUAUUAUUGUAUUUUAUUUGCUUUCAACAUCUAUGAAUUUUUAACUAUUUACACCCCAAAAUCAGUAUGCAAGUUCUCUUUACUGUUCUCUUUACACUUCCUUUAUUACUCAUAAGGAGAAUUUAUCUAACAAUCAAGAGUUUCUUGAGUUCACAAUCAUUUCUUUUAUUCUCAUGACCUUUAGAGUUGAUUUAAGGGGUGAUACUUUAGAGGGAAAUUAGAUACCUACCUCUUUAAGGGUGUAAAAGAUUAGGCACAUCUUCCUAUUGUUUAUGCAUUAGAUAUAAUUAAAAAAACUUGUUAUUUCUAGGAGAAAAUGGGCUAAGCAAGGUUUCAGGAAAAACUUUACAUUACAAAGGGUCACCAUUUCACCGUGUUAUUAAGAAUUUUAUGGUUCAAGGAGGAGAUUUCACCAAAGGUGGGUUCAGAAACAUACAUGCAGUAUGGUCUUUGUACAUGUAUUGUUAUGGUGACACUGAUUAAAAACUCUACUGCUUAAUUGUCAUUGAAUCAUGGAAAUAUUCAAAUACACUGUUUCUAUUAACUUAAUUAAGGAUUAAAACAAAAAGUAGCCAUUUUGCAGUUGGAAUGAUCAAUUCGGUUACACUGUUUUUUUCAUAUUGUACUACUGUAACUCAGUGAAAAUUUUCCUCACAGGGAAUGGAACAGGAGGAGAAUCUAUUUAUGGAGGAAUGUUUAAUGGUUAGUGCACAUGUACAUUGUAUACAACAAACACAAGCUUUGAGCACGUUUUACAUCAAAUCAAGAAACAUCCCCUUCUUAAUAUUUUCCCAGCUUCUCAUCUUCUUGCUGCUUAAAACUGUUUUGAUGUUGUUUGGAUAAGUUCAUUUUGGUCACUCCUAGGAAUGAAAAGAUUUUAAAAGUGUUUCCUGAUUUGUCAGGACAAAUGAUUCAUUUCAGGAAGAGAACAAUUAGCAACUCUCAAAGUUUUUACUGGGUCUGUGAUCUGCUGCCAAAUGACAUGUACAGUGGAUUUAUUUUAAGACCAGUCAUAAUCAUGGAUUAGUGAUUAAAAGUGCAUUUGAUCUCUGGUAAAAUAUUUUUCAUUGAACUUUUUUGCCAAGAACUAUUCAGGUCAAGACAGCAAGUAUAAAAGCUCAAAAUCUCUAUGGUGAGAUUCUAAUAUAAAUUUCUUUCCUUUUUGUGCGUGGCAGAUGAAUCUUUUCAUGCUAAGCAUGAUAGGGCAAUGUUGCUAUCAAUGGCUAACAGGGGCCCUAAUACCAAUGGAUCACAAUUCUUCAUGUGAGUACUAGAAGAAAUAUUAAGUUAUUUAACUUUGAAGCUCUUUUUAGCAUGAUAAUUAUGUUUAAUAACAGCCAGUUGAAUGGAAAGGGGCUUGAUCACGAGAUGUUAGGCUCUUUUUACUCAGUUUUCACAAUUUUCAUUUUAUUUUUUCAUGUGGUCUACAACUUAAUUCUUGCAAAGUAUUUUUUUUUUGUGGCUGGUUUUGGUAUCUUUCAUUUUUUCAAGAAUUAAGUUAUUGUUGUCAAAACUCGUCAGUUUGCCAAAAGAUAUUAAAAAAACCCCCAAAAAACAAGCAAACAAACAAACAAGCACAGGGAAGUGUUUCCCAAUUCACUCUUACAGUGGCCCAAAACUAUUUUAAAGAAUGCUUUCUAAACUACAAUGAAAAGCAGUUCUGUCCUCUGUGAUUCAGCUGGUAAAGGAGAUGGAGUAUUGUACAAUUCACAGAACAGCUUGUGAGAACUCAAAUAAAAGAUAUUGAGGGAAAAGCCUGAAACUUUUGCUUGACAAACCUUUGGUGACCAUUCUGUUGUUGUAGUAGCAUCAGUGUAGUUUCUGUCAUUUGAUCUACCAAGAGGCUAGGUUGUGUAAUUUUAUAGAGCAAUCUCAAAGCAAACUAAAAGAAAAAAAAUAGCAAUCACACUUGUGGAUUACUAUUGAUAAGCAAUUGAAAAUUGCCUCAAAAAAUUAUUGCAGAUCCAUAUGUGUUUAUUCUACAUGUACCUACAUGUAGGUAUUCAUUAGUUUAACUCUAAAAUCUGAAUCUGUCAGAAUGGAAUUAUGCUAUUUUAACUUUUAAUUCAAUAACAGUGAUGCCAAGUGCACAUAAAUUGAUGUGUGUUCCUUUCUUACCCCACAGAACAACCCAACCCACUCCUCAUCUCGAUGGGUAAGUGUUUAAGUCAUUUGUUGAUUACCCUGUAGGUGCCAACGUAGUUGUAUACAUGUAUAUACAGUAUAGUCUACUGUAUCUGUAUGUACUGGACCAUUAUCUUAAUUCUUCUAGAUGUGUGGUUCAUAAUCAGUCAAAAUGAAGAAUAUGCCUACUUUUCUGGCACAAAAUUCUGUUUUUGAUGAUUUUAUUUCUUUUUGCCUUCCUGCUUGAAAAUGUGUUGAUAUUGCAUGGAAGUACUCCACUGUGGUCUUUCACUUUAGGAGUUACAUGUAAUUAGUGUUUAAAAAAACCAGUCUGUACACCUGUAAUUUAAAGUACAGGCCUGACACUUGGCUGAUGACAAAAAGAAAAAAACAAAACAAAACAAAAAUGAACUUUCCAAAGCUAAAUUCAUAGUUUAAUAAUUAUGCAAUUAGUGCUGGCAUCUUUCAAUCUUUGGUUGAAAACUUGCAGGAUCCAUGUGGUAUUUGGCCAUGUGCUUCAAGGACAGGAUGUUGUAUCAGAAAUUGAGAAUCAAAAAGUUGAUGACAAAAGUCGUCCCUUAGUUGACGUCAAAAUCAGCAACUGUGGAGAGCUUAUUCCAAAAGCAAAGGCUAAAGGUAUGGAAGCAUCCUCUUAUUUGCCUCUAAUUUUCAUAUUCAUUUUUUGGAAAAUGCAAACUUUAAGGGUGACUUGGAUGAUGUAGUGUCAGAGUAUAAGAGUAGGCAGGUGUUCUUCUCUGAAAAGGUAAAAAGAAAAAUAAUGAUGGAGAAAAUAUUGAUUAUAAGUAUAGUACAUGUAGUGUAUUGUUUAAGAUUUAAGUGGGUUUAAUGAGUCUUCCAAAAAAAAUCAAAAACUUUUUAAUAUCUUUUUACAAAAGUUGUUUACUUUUUUAUGUGAAUGUGAAAUGAUUGAGAGGGGAGAUGGUGCUAUCCUGUUAUGGACCCACCCACUGAGAGAAGGACUAACUGGAUCAAACCCUGUAAAGUAGCAGUAACAGCAAUGUAGUGAUCCAAUUUCAAAUAAUCUAGCCCUGUUUAUAUCAAUCUAAGCAAACCAGAAUGUGCCCUUAUGGUUUCCCUGAGCAGAAUUGUUGUAGUUUAGGUCACAUUGGGUAAUACCCAGCCAGGCUCCAUUCUUACAAAUUUAUUGACUUCUAAUCAUUAUCCUAUCUUUUUAUUACAAGUUUUUUUUCACUUAAUUUUAAGCCAUGGCUAAAAAAGCAGAGAAGAAAAAGAAGAAAAAAAAGGAAGAGUCCAGCACAGCCACUGAGUCCAGUUCAGAGUCUAAUGCUGAUUCAGAGAGUGAGUCCUCUUCUGAUGAGAAAAGAAAGAAAAAGCGGUCAAAGAGGAAAAAGACAGAAAAGCGGAAAGAUUCUACAAAAAGAAAGGGGAAGAAAAAUAAGGCAAAGGACAAGAAAAUGAAAGAAAUGAAAAAUGGGUAAGUUAACUAAAGUUUCUAUUUGCAAUUUUAUUUUUAAUGCAGAGUGCAUUGCACCUUGAGACAUAAGAUUUUUCAUAAUAUGCUUCAUGCAAACAAUAUAGGAGUAUAGAAGCUUGUAUAAUGUACUCUUAAAGCUUAAUCCUGGUCAAAAGCCUCGUAAUGGACGCUUGUUCCCUUGUCUUUAUAGCUCACGUUUAAGGAAACAAUAUUCUCCCUGGCCAGCCAUCGCCUCUUUCUUUCUCCAAUACCAUACUGACGUUUCCCCCGCCUAUAGUGUUUCUCUGGAAUUUAUAAAUUAUUAUUAUUAUUAUUAUAUUGUUAUUUUUUAAAAACUAAAAAUGGACUGGAUGUAAUUAGCCAUGCAUGCUUGAUUCAUUUAAUAGCUCAGAUAACGAGAAAUCACAGAAGAGCCCAGAGCCUUUUAGUACAGUAGCUGCUGAUGAGAUCCCAGAUGUCCCUAACAACUCGUUCCUGUUUAGAAGAAGCCGCACCCCCAGUCCUGUCAGAGAAAAGAGGAUUACAGAAGGGAAAGAAAGGUUGGAUAUAUUAAUUACCACGUUUUAUUUUUUCGAAGUCACGUGCAGGCUCUCGUUGGUGCUGUCACAUGAGCAGCGAAGCCCGUGCAAUUCAAGUCAGCGGGCGAUGUGGGCGCACGAGAGGUCCACGAGGGUUCCUAGACUCCUUACAGACCUCCCGCAGUGCUAGUAGGAGAAUACUUUCAGGGUAUUCUCUUUUCGCGCUCCUCCUCUCGCGUGUGACUCGUUCUUCGGGCUCUUUCCGCACUCUCCUCACGCGUUCCUCCACUUGCCGGAGAAACUCAAAUGAUGGAGCCUGAGCAUCAGCUCAGCAUCAGACCACUUGUAACACAAUUUACUAUCUCAUUUAACAACUGUCAUCCAUCUUUUUAGAAGAAGCAAGUCUCCUACAACAGAAAAAACGUCCUUCCGCAAGAGCAGGGUAGGUAUCACAGCAAUCAGUGUAUCCUAAUGGGGCCAGUUCAUGCUGUCAAAGGUUACGCUGUUUGAUUUUGCUAUCCAAAAUGGCGAAGCGAGGAAAUUGAAAUCAGCUUAAAGACGCUCAGGCCAAAGCUUAAUGAUAAUGAUUAUGCGGAUUCGUUUGUAUCGUCUCAUCACGCCAAAACUCUCCUUUCUGGCAUGUGAUUCUGUCUCAGUUAUCUUGAGUAUAUCUCUAUCAAUUUUGAAGUGUCCUUUCUAACGCUCGACUUUCACUCUUGUUUGUUAUGUGGUCGUGAUUUUACCAAAAUAAUACUGUUUGUUGGAUAUCAGUCAACCUUUGAUUCUCAGAAGUGAUCAGUUGGUGAAUUCUCCGUACGAUUUUUAAAACGUAUUUGAGUGAAAGGAUAGUGAGAAUUAAGGAGAAUGUCAUUUGGGGAUUCUGUUGUGCUGAAUUCCUAGGACAAAGUACCACAGCCAAGUAUGGCUUUUGGCUGGGAGAAUUUAAUUUUAGAUCUCUUUACUUAAGGGGUUAACAGAUUUUCAUAUAUAUAUGUUUACGAAAGUAUAUUCAAUAGGAACUGUUAUGUCCUAAGGAGAGAGAGUGUAAAUGUGAUCAAGUUGUUACGAAGUAUAUUGCGUUAUGAUUUCAAACGGGAAAUACGUUGCUUUUCCCCUAGCCUACGUGUAGCCGUACCUUCCCCCCUCCAAGGUGAAACAGAGGCUAGGGAACUCCUUCGCUACUGUUUCACCCUGGGUGGGGGAAGGUACGGCUACACGAAGGCUACCUUUUCUCAUGGCAUUCAGUUUAUACUUGAUUUUGCAUAUAGGAAUAUAAGGUUUAAUUUUUUUGGCAAUUGCGAGAAGCUACUCAAAAUAAAAGUAAGAUUAAGGAACUUUAGCGCCAUUUUUGACGAGUAAAUCAUAAUUUCUAUGUAGGUUUCCCAGUCUGGAAGGAUUCUUCGAGGAAGAGGAAAUAUGGUAAGGAGUAAUAUGCAAUGGUAUUGUUGUUUGUCUCGCAAAGGGUUAAAGGGAAGCGACAUUUUGUGCUGCACAUGGACGCUGCAAAGGAAAAAAUGUCGGAAUCUAUAACUUAUUUCUUUUAUCUACCGUUUAGUUCUUACAGGUACAUUUAAUAUUUAGUUUAAUUUUCUUUUCAUUUUUUUUAGCGAUAUCGCACUCCUCCACCCUCCAAUGAAUCUCAUAGUAGCGUGACACGAAUCACCCCACCACGCAAUCGUUUCCUUCAAAGGCGAUCAAGGUCUCCACCAAGACGUGCUAGAUCUCCACGCGGACGCUCAAGGUCUCCGCGAGGCCGAUCAAGAUCUCCACGUGGAAGAGUCAGUCAUCGCUCCAAUUCUCCUCGGUCUUCGCGAAGGAGAUUUAAGUCUCCACGAAGAAGGUCGAACUCUCCGCGACGAACCUCGAAAUCUCCACGAAGACACUCCGGAUCUCCCCAGACAGUGCAUGAGAUAAAGGCUCAGGCAGACCGGGAAUUGUCACCGAAAGAAAUAGCAAAACAAAAUAAUCACUCAUCUCCUGAUCAUACAAACCACAGUAGCUUAACAAGAACACAUCGGGAAAGAGAUGAAGGCAAAAAUGAUGACAGUGAAGAUAACGAGCCAGCAACCCGACGUAAGAAUAGCUUUAAAGAAAGAGAGAUUAAAGAACGUAGCGCUACUUCUCCUGACACUGACUCUCACAAACAAAUACAAAAACAAAAGAAAAGAGAGCAGAAUUCGAGCAGUAGUAGCGACAGCGAGGAACAACAAGAAAAUGAAAACGAUUUACACUUUAGGAGAAAAGGGGCCAAUCUUGAUGAAAAAUCACACUCAAACAGCUCUAGACGAAAUUCAAGGAGUGCCACUCGUGAAUACGAAGAAGAUAGCAAAACAAACAGGUCUUUCGAUGGAAAAGAGUGGAGAGGUCACACAGGCGGAUCAAAUGCCGUGAAUAAACACGACGAAGACAAGAAAGAAUACGGAGAGACUACUAGAGAUUCCAUUCUUCACAACAAGCACCAAGAUGAGGAAGAAAAGUCAGAUACAAACAGUGAUAGUUCACACAGUAGUGAUAGCGAUAGCGACGCUUCCGGUGACAGAAACCGGAAGUCACGUCAUCGGCAUCAUCAUCGUCGGCAUCGUCAUCGUCGUGAAAGGAAGGCUUCUCCAUGAGAAAGCAAGGCUGGUUAACUUUAUAACAGAGAUAACAUGUCCCAAAGGGAUGUUUCCUUAUCGCGGAAUACAACCUCCUCGAAGUCUUGAGGUAGCCUAAAGAAGGUGGAACUACCAAGUUGAUCGAUUCUUGCGUGUUUUUUAGUGUUGAAACAUAGAAAAGCAGGGAACAAGAAAUAGUUUUUUUAUUGCAGCAAUAAUUGUCUUUGUUAUUUGAGUGCCUGAUAUUAGUGGAAGGCUUCAGUCGGGUUUCCAAGAAAACUAGAAUUGUAUCAACAAGCAUACUGAAUUAAAAUGUUUGCUUUACCAUAAAUCUUACGGAGGUUUAGCGUUAUUAAUCUUCACACUCGACUCUUUUGUCUAAACGCCUUCACUCUGUGGCUCUGUCUAUGGUGAACACUUCAAACGUCUUUCUUGUUCUUUGAAUGAAUAAAUCUUCAGGAUUAAUAGAUCCUCGCGUAGAGUGUGAAAAUUGUUAAAAACAGUCUAAAACUGCCUAUUUUUUUGGUGUCGUGUUUUAUAAUUCCAGUCUGGCUCAUCCUGAAAACCACCCGUGUGUGAGUG